AUGGUUGUUGCCCCACUGAUCAUUGCUUUAUCUUGGUGGCAGCUUCUAGUAGUGGCUUCUGUGGCCACUGUUGCGGCUCCAGCAGAUAAUGGUGCCUUGAAUGAACUGGUAGAUGGGGGAGAAGAAUUUCGGAUGAACACAUGGAACUUUCUUUACAACUGGUUACUGGGAGGCACCAUGGAGGCAGAGAAGCAGCCGUUGCCCCAGCCAAUCUUUGUUAUUGGAGCAGGUCUACCACGAACAGGGACAGCUAGCUUUCGAACAGCCAUGGGAUUGCUGAACAUGAAAUCUUAUCACAUGAUCGAUGGGUGCAUGGAGACGCCUGGACACCAGGACAUGUGGUACAAAUUUCUGAUUGAACAAUCCAUUUCAAUAGAUGAUGUUCUGGGGGGGAUUGCUGCAGAUGGCUUCAAUGCUACCAUAGAUACACCUACGGUGUUUCAUUACAAAGCCCAGAUGCAACGCUACCCCAAUGCGAAGGUUGUCUUGACGGUACGCGAUUCUCCCGAGCAGUGGGCUAACAGCUUUGCAAAAACAAUUCGGCGUAUAGUCUUGGCAAGUGAGCACGUUCCCUUCACUUUGAUUGGUCCCAUGGCACGUUCAUCACAAUUUGUAGGGAGAAUGUUUGAAAAUGCCAACUUGCACAUGGAAGAUCCUUCCCUGUUGCCACAAUUCUACAAGGACUUUGUCGCAGAGGUCAAAGCCACUGUUCCUGCUGACAAACUCCUGGUCUUUAAUGCCAAAGAUGGAUGGGAUCCGCUCUGCAAAUUUGUGUCUCCCCUUGCGGAAAGCAUCCAAGAACAGUGUCAGAAGCUUUUGGCCACGGGGACACCCUAUCCCCAUGUGAAUGAUGAAGCACAAAUACUUGCUGUGGCUAUCGGGCUAGAAACAAUUACCAUGAUAUUCAAGGUGAUGCCUUUUCUCUUGGUGGUUGCAAUUUGCUUUCUACAUGUUAGUCGAACUGCUCAGACUCGGCCUGAAUCAUCCAACAAUCCUGGAAAAACCAAAACUGAGUGA